UGUCUUGCUUAUCUAUGGUUUUAGUCAGUUUUAGUAUAAUUAUUUUUAAGUUUUAUUUUUUCAUAUUCCUAAUAAAUUAGAUGAAAUAAUUAAAAAUGACCUCCACGAAACUUUUAAAAUCGUUCCUUUGUUUAAAAAGUAGUGUCCGUUAUUGUUGUAAAGUGCCUCAACCACUUCGUAACAUUAAACCGAAGUCUUUGCGAUCUUUUAAUCAAAAUUUUAUAGACCACAUGCAUAUAAAGACGAUAGGGGGUAAUGGAGGCGACGGUUGUAUUUCUUUUCUUAGUGAGUGGGCUAACGAAUAUGCGGGCCCUGAUGGAGGUGACGGAGGCAAUGGUGGUCAUGUGAUUCUUCAAGCAUGCACUUCUGUUAAAGACCUUAAGAAUGUUGAUUCAGUAGUAAAGGCUGAACAAGGAGAAAAAGGUUCCAAUAGAGACUGUCAUGGUAAAAAUGCUGAUCAUACUUUGAUAAAAGUUCCUGUUGGCACAGUUAUAAAAGAUGCAAAUGGCUGCAUUGUUGGAGAUUUAAAAGAAGAAGGUUCAAUGUUUUUAGCGGCUCGUGGAGGAGCGGGCGGAAAAGGCAAUAAAUUUUUUACAAGUCCAACUCAACAAAGUCCAGAUAUUUGUGAGUAUGGUGCAAUCGGUGAAAAUAUAAAUUAUCACAUUGAAAUCAGCAGUAUCGCUCAUAUUGGACUUGUUGGUUUACCCAAUGCGGGUAAAAGUACUCUUUUGCAAGCAAUUUCUAGAGCUCGACCCAAAAUAGCCCCCUAUCCCUUCACAACUCUAAAACCACAUAUAGGAAUGGUUCUUUAUAAUGAUUAUGAACAAAUAGCUGUUGCAGACUUACCGGGAUUAAUAGAAGACUCACAUAAAAAUAAAGGAUUAGGUAUUCAAUUUUUGAGACACAUAGAACGAUGUUCUGUCUUACUUUUUAUAUUGGACAUGUCAUUAGAUCAACCUUGGAAUAGUUUAGAUAUAUUAAAAAACGAAUUAUCACAUUACAGUAAUAAUUUAUUACAACGUUCACAAUUAGUUGUAGCAAAUAAAAUUGACCUUUUGGAUAGAAACGAUAAACUCAAACAGUUAAGAGAUAAAACAGAUUUAGAGGUUUUUCCUUUGAGUGCUAAAACUGGUCAAAACGUCGGUGGUUUGUUACAAAAAAUUAGGAUAUUGUACGAUAAAAAUGUAAAUAAAACUUAAAAUACUUA